AUACUAUCCAUCCAGAUAUUUCUUACAUCCAUGGUCAUAUACACUUGUACGCGCCGUACGCCAUCACGCCAUUUCGGAAGGUUGCUAGGAACAGUUAACAUACGUAUAUUUUUUUGAAGUAACAUAUAAAGAAUGGGCGAGGAUUUUAACGGAGAUCGUGACAGACAGGAUCGGGAUAAAGAUAGAGAUCGAGAUAGAGAUCGUGAUAGGAGGCAUCGAUCACGAAGCAGAGAUCGUAGAAAGCGAUCGCGUUCUCGCUCCAAGGAUCGUAGAGAUAGAAAGAGGAGUAACUCACCCAAGAAAAGUCGUAGCUCUAGGAGAAGAAAACCUUCUCUAUAUUGGGAUGUGCCACCACCUGGUUUUGAACAUAUUACUCCUUUGCAGUACAAGGCUAUGCAAGCUGCUGGACAAAUUCCUGCAAAUAUCGUAGCAGACACACCACAGGCAGCUGUACCUGUAGUUGGUAGCACUAUAACUCGUCAAGCGAGAAGGCUUUAUGUAGGAAACAUUCCAUUUGGUGUCACUGAGGAAGAAAUGAUGGAAUUCUUCAAUCAACAGAUGCAUCUGUCGGGACUCGCACAAGCCGCCGGAAAUCCAGUAUUGGCGUGUCAAAUUAAUUUAGACAAAAAUUUCGCAUUUUUGGAGUUCCGAUCAAUAGAUGAAACUACUCAAGCCAUGGCGUUUGAUGGUAUAAAUUUUAAAGGACAGAGUUUGAAAAUAAGGAGGCCACAUGAUUACCAACCAAUGCCAGGGAUGACUGAUAAUCCAAGCAUGAACGUGCCAGGUACGGUUCCCGAUUCGCCGCACAAGAUCUUCAUUGGUGGUUUACCAAAUUAUUUGAACGAGGAACAGGUGAAAGAGUUAUUGAUGAGCUUUGGACAACUGAGGGCAUUCAAUUUAGUAAAGGAUUCCGCUACUGGUCUCUCCAAGGGGUAUGCCUUCUGCGAAUAUGUAGACGUCUCGAUGACCGACCAGGCGAUUGCCGGAUUGAACGGGAUGCAGUUGGGUGAUAAGAAAUUAAUUGUACAACGCGCCAGCGUAGGUGCCAAGAAUCCCAUGAUAGGCGCACAAGCUCCAGUACAAAUUCAAGUGCCUGGUUUGUCGAUGGUCGGCACGAGCGGACCUGCGACCGAAGUGCUUUGUUUGCUCAAUAUGGUCACACCGGAAGAAUUAAUGGAAGAAGAAGAAUAUGAAGAUAUUCUCGAGGACAUUAAAGAAGAGUGUAACAAAUACGGCGUUGUGCGAUCUGUGGAAAUUCCAAGACCCAUCGAAGGUGUCGAUGUACCCGGAUGUGGAAAGGUAUUUGUUGAAUUCAAUAGCGUGAUUGACUGUCAAAAGGCGCAGCAAACUCUCACAGGACGAAAGUUUAAUAAUCGUGUUGUAGUCACAUCGUACUUCGAUCCCGACAAAUAUCAUCGUAGAGAAUUCUAAAUAGAGUUCUCCUUUUCAUACCGUUUAAUUAAUUUUAUAUA